AUGGACUCCGACCUCAAAUGUAAUCGGCUAACGUGUCGUCGAGGAUUGACCGACAAAGCAGUGGUAACAACUUGCUCUCAUAUAUUCUGCAUCGAUUGCGCGAAUGAACUCUUCAACGCAGCCCGUCUUUGUCCAGCAUGCGAGACCAAUCUGACAGAACCAGAUGAUGUCGUUCUUUGCUCACUACACCCUACCAACGACUAUAAAACUUCGGUUCUCUCCGGGUUGACGCCUUCGACGAUCCUUGAAAUUUGCAGUCGAGCAAUCUCCUUCUGGCAGUAUCAAAUACAUCAAGAGAGCACGUUCCAGCAAGCCGUUGUGCGCAAUUUGAAUGAUAAGAACGCCCAGCUCCAAAAGCAACUAGAGAACGUGAUUAGAGAAGCGAAUGGUGAACUCAAUCUCCUCAACAACAAGAAGGAAGAGCUCGAGCGUGAUGUGGAGCUUGAACGCAAGAAAGUCCGGGAGCUCCAGGAAGCUGCACGAGAAAGGGACAAGGAAUAUCAAAAGUUGAAGAUACAGUUCGACAAACUCAAACGAAAGGCACUUUUCGGGUCAACCGGGAACGAAAAUAACCCAAACGCCGCUGGAAUGCCAAACCACAAUCAGUUUAUCGAUGAUCAAUGCCCGAGACCGAGAGCUCAAACAGGUAAUCUGACAGGCAAUGUAGACUUAACAGCAGUCGUGGGUGGGAUGGAAGUUACUGGGCUUCAACGGACGCCGCUGGGCAACGAAGUGCUCCACACCGUCAACCAUUUGGGAAUUUCGCAAAUUCUCGAGAACAAACCUAUCGACCUGGAACCUUAUCAGAUCGCUCAGGCAGCGUCAAUGAGGUUGAAAACAUGCUGA